AUGCUUUCAUCCAAGUUUGGUGGUCUCGUUUCAGGAGCCAUGAGGUUUGGGGGAGAUAACAACAUUUUUGACCCGGAGGAAGAUCAGAAAGACUUGCCAGGGGCUGUUGGGGCUACUUUCAAACUUAUAAACCGAUUGGACGCCACAUUACGUGUCCGGGAUUAUGUUCUUACCAGACCCUACUCAAACCUCAAGCUCAGCGCCGAUGGCGUCGUGCUGGCCACUACUAGCGCUGGAGAUAAUAUUCUCUCAUACGUAUUGCGGAGCACGGCUAAGAUCCACGCUGUCGACCUAAACCCGUCGCAGAACCAUCUCUUGGAGCUGAAAAUGGCCUCCUAUACUGCUUUGCCAUAUGAAGAUUUUUGGAUGCUCUUCGGUGAAGGCAAGCACCUUAAUUUUCGGACUCUGCUGCUCACAAAACUAUCGCCACACCUGUCAAGCCGAGCAUUCCAAUAUUGGCUCGACCGCUGUCACAUAUUCUCCACUUCCAACAGAUAUGGUCUGUAUGAUACUGGGGGUUCUCGCCAUGGCAUACGAGCUUUCCGUUGGAUCUCGUAUCUCUUUGGCUUCCAUGGUGUGAUUCGACAUUUCCUUGAAGACAAGGCACUCGACGAGCAGCGCCAUAAUUGGCAUCAAAAGAUCAAGCCAGCUCUGCUUUCCAAUCUGGUCUGUAGGCUAAUUGUGAGCCAGGAUAAAUUUCUAUGGUCAGCUCUCGGUGUCCCUAAACAUCAGCUCACCAUGAUUGAAAAUGACUAUGUUGAGAGUCAACCCGUCGGUGGGCCCACUAAAGCUGACCGUAAAACUCGUUCCUUCAGCAAUCCGGAUUAUCAUAUACGUAUGGCCGGCACAUUCAACCAUCGGUGCUAUCCGGAGUAUCUCUCACAUGAGGCACAUGCCAAUCUCUCACAGCUGGGUGUACUGGAUGGCAUACAAAUUCACGCAGAUGAGAUCGACGAAGUUCUUAGCCAUAUGGACUCUAACAGACUCACCGUCGCUAUCCUUAUGGACAGUAUGGACUGGUUUGACCCAAACGGUGUCGCCGCCGUAACUCAGAUCACCAAACUGAACCGUAUACUGAAGAUGGGUGGCCGUGUACUACUUCGCUCUUCGGCACUGCGCCCCUGGUAUAUCGAUAUUUUCGAAGCCUAUGGCUUUUCCUCUAAGUGCAUGGGCUCUAGAACAGAUGGCGCAUACAUUGACCGAGUCAAUAUGUAUGCAUCAUGCUGGCUCUACACUAAGAUGUAG